AUGGCGGCCGUAGUAUAUGGGAACAGUCCUCGGCACAGCAGCCGGCACCAUCAGGGUCACCUCCUGUCGCAGCACUCGCCGUACCAUUCGCAGUCUUCGGUGCAGCAGACAGUGUCGCAGCAUCACUCACUGCCACCACCUCCAGUCCAUCAUCAUUCGUCUCCACCGUCCCAAAUCAUCACUCCGCCGACCUCGUACCUCUCGUCGGCCACCACCGCCAUUUCAUCGCAACAGCAGCAACAGCAACAGCAGCAACAACAACAGCAGCAGCAACAAGCAUCUCCCGUCUCACUGUACUACCACCACGCACAGUCCGCGUCGCUUCCGCCGCAGCACUCGCAAACGCUCAGCAGCUACCAUCAGCUGCGCAGCUCGAAGCGGAAGUCGGCCGUCGAGCUGCUGGCCGAAAGUAAACCAUUCUACGUGAAAUCGGAAACGGUUCUCGAUCGACAGCAGCAGCUAAUGAACAAGCGCGGCGCCGGCGGUGGUACCGCGGGAACGGUUAGUGGCGGUGGAGAUGGUGGAGGAUCUGCUACGUUAAGUGGAUCGUAUAUGGUAUCACCCUCAAGAACGCUGCCAUCGUCCACGGUCAGUCAAUCGCUGCAACUGCAGCAACAUGUACAGCAGCAACAACAGCAGCAACAGCAACGACCCGCGAGCCGCCGUAGCGCCUCGUCCGGGUCCGAUCUGCUGCAAACCAAGCUCCGCAAGCUGCUCAACGCCUCCGACAGCAAAGAGACAAUAAUGUCGCCCACGGACGUGGGAAUAAUCAAUUCUAAAUACGGCCAACCGCUCGAAACGAGCUACAUCGGAACGGGGAUGGUCGGCGGCGGCGGCCUCGAUGACAUCGGGUACAUUCAGCCGCCGAAGAACUACCAGCAGCAGCUGACCGUUCAUCCGGAGCAGCCGAGCGACGUAUCCGUGUUCUUCCCGAGUGCGUUUCUGUCGCCCCAGUCGCUCCCGCCGCAUCCUGGCGGAGAUGACGAUCUCUAUCUGUACGGCGGGUUGCACGACAGUCUGGUGCUGACCGACGAUUACCGUGCCAUCAGUCCACCGGCGGAGUACGCCGAGCACGGUGGCCACGGUGGUUCACCCGAAAACAAACACUCCGGUGGCGGCGGCGGCGGUGGCCAUGGGUAAGUGUCCUGUGACCGAUCGUCCCGCUACAAUUAUCAACGAUCGUACUCGCACUCGCAGGCGGUGGUCACCUCGUCCGGCCACCAUCCGACCGACGAGUCCGACUACUCGCCGACGCAAUCGUACAAUAUCAACAGCCACAAAUCGCUGCCGGAUCUGCACUCGCAGAGCAGUCGCCACUCGCCGCACUCCGAAGCCCUCAGCUGCUGCAGCCGCGGCAAUCGCUCGAACCGCUCCGGCAGCUCGUUCAACCGUGACUCCGGGGGUUCCUCUGGCCAUUACACGCACCACAGUGAACCGUGCUGCAAGCAGCAGCUGGCGCAGCAGCAGCAACAGCAACAACACCAGCAGCAACAGCAGCAACACCAACAGCAACAGAUGAUGAUGAUGCAGCACCAGCAACACUUGCUGCAACAUCAGCAGCACUAUCACCCGCAGCAGCAGCAGCAACAGCAACAGCAACAACACCACUCGCAACCGGGCUCGCAACAGCCAAACGAUCCGUCGUGCAUGAUGAUGCUGGGCGACUAUCGGCGGGACAGUGGCUCCUCGACGCAGCACAGUGGCAACUCGUACUACGCGUACGGUAUUCCUCCGCUGCGGUACGACUGCAUCGAGUGCCGUGCCAAGAUACGCGAGGAAGCGGACUGUUUGCUGAACUUCCCGACGCCCGAGGUGCCGGAAGCGUUCCAGGAUGGCUACAGCGAGAAACAGCAGCAGCUGCAGCAGCAAAAGCACCAUCAAAAGUACUCGUACGACGAUCGUUCCGGCAACGGCGGCGGUGGUAGCCGAAAGUACUACAAAAGUCCCGGUCCGCCGAUGUCGCCCCUGUCGCCGGUGGCCCCACUUUCUCCGCCCGACCAGCCGCAGCUCGAUCUGAGCCCUCCGCUGGGAACGUUUAAGCGGCAAAAAUGUUUGCGCUUCAAGAACCGCAGCGGGCGACAGUCGGCCGUCAGCAACCCAUCCGCUUCCGGUGAUCGCCGAUGUGGGCCUGGUGGUGGUGGCAGUGCCAGCGCGGGCGGAGGCCAAGUGGAAGACGACGACCGUCGGCCGAUUCUGCGCUCGAAGAGUGACAUUAGCGAUCGCUACUGGAACCGCAGUCAGCCACCGCAGGAACGCGACGGAAGCGGCGGCGGCGGCGGCACCUUGAUCGGAGACGGUCACCGCACCGAAAGACGCGACCGUGAGCGUGAUCGUGAUCGGGAGCAGCACAGCAAGCAGUUGGAAAAGCAACGAUCGCGCUCUGACAGCCUAACGCAGCUCGAGCGUUUCUUCGAUCGGUUGGGUCUGGACGAGGAAACGUACGAUCGCUACAUUGCGCCGGGCUUGGUCCCCAAGGGCCAGGGGCAGCAGCAGCAUCACCGCCGUUCGUCGGGUAGCUACCAUCAUAGCACUUCCGCUUCGUCCGAUAGCCACCGACUGUCGGAUGACUGUACCAGCGGCGGCCAGGGAGCCGAUUCGGACGAAUCGAGUGCGGUCUUCUUUUCGGACGUGUCGACGAUCGAUUCGACCAAACUGCCCGACAGCACUACGGACCAAACAACGGUGGUGGGCGUGACCGGAGCAGGCGGACCGGCGGUCGGUGCUCCUCCCGGACAGCCCAUCGACGUCGGCGGAAUGCUGGUCGGAGCGCCCGGAGCGAACGGAGCAGUGGCACCGGGUGCGGGAACGGGGCCCGGGGGUGCCCUGUACCGCACCAGCGAACCGCCGUCGAUCAUCGAGCGCAAUGCCCGCAUCAUCAAGUGGCUGUGCAACUGCAAGAAAAUGCAGCUCGCCUAGGGUCGGGCCCGCUGGUCACCGGAA